GCCUAGGUACUACCUGCUACCGUCCCUACUCGUACUCUCUGUGCUCUUUUUCCUGUUUAGCCCAUCACCAACAUCUCUCCAGUCGCCAGCAGUUACUAGACGACCACAGUGCGCCGCAUCCCUCAGCGUUGCUCAACCCGACACGGCUGCCGCUUCUUGGAAAACAACACUGCAGACCAAACAAGGCUGUCGAUCCAUUCCUCAUUCUUGGGCUCGCUUACAUAGCACUCUGCACCUCCUCGUCGACGCCUACGUCUCCCCCUCGAACGAUACCCGUUUGAAGUGAGCAAUCAUGUCGCUUGCUCCAGCGGCCAUGGCAGGCCAACGCGCUCCUUCUCCCGGAGCCAAUGCCAACUUUGCUUCCAACAACCCCUUCCGCCGUGCUGCCUCUCCUCUGCCAUCUCCAGACCACAGAAUGUCUAACAAUCCAUUUCUCGACCCGCCAGCCCAGUCGCAGCAGCGACAGGGAGGUUCCAACGCUUUUACUGAGGACAUAUUUAAGGACUUGUCAUUGCUCGAUAAGCCCAGUUCAGGAGCACGCCCUGCACCUCGCAACACUGCAUCUUCUCGAUCAGGCACCAUUCCAACUCAACACCGACCCGCACGUUCACAGGAAGAUGAAUCUCGUCGACGCGGUCCCGCUCCUCCGCGAGGUCCACCACGCCCACCAAAAGAUCAGAAUGGCCUAGACAUUUUUGCUGGCCCACCCAAGGUCGAAAGCAGCAGACGCCCUCGCCGCAACUCGGAAUCAUCCAUCCUGGACACCAAGGAAGAAGACAGGAAGAGAAGAGAACGUCGCAAAGAGCGUGAAGAACGCCGCGAGAAGGAGGGACGCUCCCACGACGGGAAGUCAAGACCGACCAAAAAGCCUCAGGGACUUGAUCUUAUCGACAAGCUGGACGUCACCGGUAUAUACGGCCAAGGACUCUUCCACCACGAUGGACCUUUCGAUGCAUGCAACCCGCACCGCAACCGUAAGAGGGAUGUUCGUGCCCCUAUGCAAGCUUUUCCCGCAGACUCGGCCAACAACGCUCUUGGUGGUUCCGGUCCUCUGAACAAAAACAUCGAUCUCGACAGAUUCCACGGACGAGGCGAAGAUGCUUUCAACGACUAUUCCCAGUCCCGCGUUCAAGCGCCUGCCAAACAGGUCCAAUCUUUCAACCCCGCCGAUCGUGUCGAACAAAUCCACACCGAGCCAUCAUAUGGUCUUGGAACAUCCACGUUCCUUGAGGGUGCUCCAGCCUCGAGAAAAGAUCUUCAACGUCGAGAGUCCGAGACUGAACCCUCUACAUUCCCUGGAAUUGGUCUGACCCGCAAGAAGUCGCUCGCACAUCGUUUACGAGGACUCUCGCAAAACCGCAACAAUAUAACCUCGCCUGACGGAAAUUACGCGCCCAUGUCACCAAACAGCCCCGGCCAAGUGCAAAGUGCAGGGGGUAGAGCCCGUAUUGCAGCCACCACGAAGGAGAGCAACCCAUUCUUUUCCGACUACAACGACGCCUACGAGAAGAAGGGUGCAACCAUCCGCUACGCCGAAGAGACAAAGGGAGGUCGAGCCAGAGCGCCGAGCUCACCUCCUCGCAAUGGCCUUACUAGAAGUAUCACAGCGGAUAGUGUGCCUGUCCCCAACGACGUUCCCGAAAAGAGUAGCGGAGGUGGUUUCCUCAACCGCAUGAAGAGUCUGAAGGGUGGUCGCAGAGCCAGACCAGAGAGAAGAGGGUCUUGAAGUGGUCCAGGAGACUUGACAUUGUUUCUUCUGCUUUUCUGGAUACCACCAAAUUUCUCCGCCAGCCAGUCUGCGCUACCAGAUCUUCUUUCUUUGGAGCAGAAUUAUACCAGGCCCUCAAAUCUCUGUGGGGAUGUCUUCUUUUUUUGUGUCUUCCUCUUUUUCCUUUUUCCCCCAUUAUCUCAUCGACAGCCCGAAUGAUACCAAGACAGCUGGUCGAGUCAUUCUAUAUUUCUCAUUUUGUAUCUGGAGGAUGGAUGGGCACGGGAGUCUAGGGCAACUUUGAACUGGGUUGUCUACUUUGACGAGAAGAGUCUCCAAAGGAAGGUGGUGGUGGUGGUUAGAUACCGGCGUUUUACUUUGGGUUAUGCCAUUAUAUUGAGAAAAGAGCCAGCAAAAUACCAAGCACC